AUGGAACAUCCCCAUUUGCAGGUACACUCCCCCGGCCCCAUUCGAGUGAGCAUCGAUGGGCAUUAUGCCUUAAGUGGUGGGGCUGAUGGAGUUGUGGCGCUUCACCCGCUCCGACGGUUCCCAACAGCUCAGCCGCUUUGGGCACGUCAAUGCCAUACGGGGGCCGUCACAUGUGUGCGACUUCACACUGCCCUGCGUCUUGCCAUCUCUUGUGGCCGUGACGGCACCGUCGUACUCCAUGAAAAUGUUAUUAGCGACGUCAACGCCACAAGCAACAAUAACAGCAACACAAAUGCUUCCACUGCUGGAACCGAUGCUAACAGCGGGGAACAUACGGUGCGCGUCAUGUGUCGUGUAACUGGUGAAUUGCGGACGGUACUGUUUGAUUCAGAGAGACGGCGUGUCUUUAUUGCGGGCGACUCGUUACGUUGCCUUCACAUGUCACCAAGUGGCUGUGUGGUGCAAACUAUUCCUAUGUGUGUGCCAUCCCCAGUUGUUUCUCUCGCUCUUUCACCGUGUGGGGGCGUGUUGGCAGUUGCGUCUGCUAGCUGUGCGCUAGGUGUUGUUUCAGUUUGCAGCUCGUCGUCAAAUGAUUCGGCAUCGUCGCACUUCUCACGUGAAAACUCCCAAGAGUCACAGGAAAGGGCUAACCGGCUGAAGGACUUGAAGAUUGUUCUUCCAAAUGUGUUAACACCGGUGGCUAAGCGAGAGGACGAAGUGGCCUAUCGCCUCACCUGGUGCACCACUGGAAAUGGUGCUUUGUUUCUGCUGGUUCCUCGAGUGACAGAGGCGCGUGUGCUGCGCUUUGAAGAGGCGACCACACCCCCAUAUACUCAUCGGCUUCGACAUGUUGGUAAUAUUGAUAGUCUUGGGCUCACGGAUCUACUUGGUGUGGCAUGUCACCCGUUGAGUGUGCACGUGAUAUCCGUGCUCCUGGUGAGCGGGGCAGGUACUGUUGUGGGAAAAGUGGAUACACGCAAGUGGAAUAUUGUGCGAAUCCGGUCACAAAAUUACACGGGCUGUGCGGACGCCGAAGUGGACUCAACAAGUGGCGAUGUGGUUGUGGGGACGCUGGACGGGAGGGUGACAUAUAUGAAACGGGAGGCUCCAAAGGCUGUGGGAGCAUCAACAAAAGGUGCCACGGAAGGUGAAGGCAAGACUAACAGGGUGUCGGAAAGUGACUGUGGAGGAGCAAAGAAGAAGUUGAAGACGGAGCCAUCUGUGAGGGACCGAAGCAGGGACGUGACGAAUGGCGAUAAGGCGGGGCAACGAAAUAACCGGGAGGUGAGGGACGGUGGUGGUCGCGACGGUAGUGACGAUGGGUUUAUUGUUGAUGACGACGAUAGUGGUAGUAGCGGUGGUGUCAAGUCAGUUUCCUCAGGAUCAUCGGUUAUGGCUGUGGAGGAGGAUUUUAAACAAGUGGUUGCGGAUCUGAAGCGGACGAAUCCGACGUACGACGAUGAGAUCGAUCAAAAGGAGCGACCAUCCCGAUGGCGGAGGGAAGAUCCCCGUCGAGUAAUACGUGACGUGGAGGAUGGUGAUGCUACGGGAACCCCCCGCCGGUCAGUUUUCCUCGAUGACGAGGCAGAAGAGUCAUCAGACGGUAACAGUGACGACGACGGUCGCGAGGAGGAGGAUGAGGAGGGUGAGGAUGAUUAUGAUGGAAACCAUGUCGCCAGUACCGUGAGGGGACAUGGUCGAAAGAAAUUCAAUGACGGUGGUGACAACGACUGUGACAGUGAAGCGGUGGACGUUGGAAGUACAUCAAGCUCCACACACUUGCCGAACGACGCAGCUGCCACACAUUCGGGCGCAGCCAUGGGUGGAUCACCUGUCAUGGAUUACUUCUUUCAGAUUGGCGCAACGCCCCCUGGGGAGGAGGGCAGUUGCUACCUUGCCUAUAACUCCGUUGGGUACAUUCACUGCACAGCCGAGGCGACCACAAUUCACUUUCACGAUAUGUCCCUGCAAGCAGUACGGGUUCUGGAGCGUGGGACAAUGCUUAUGGCUUCUCUCAGUCCUGUUGGGGCUGCUUUUGUUAUUGCGCAGGAGGCUACUGACAUGGAAAGUGUUGAUGACCUCGUUCCACGUCUUACCAUUUACUACCGCACCUUUGUUUCUAUUGGCUUACAACCUGAUUGGCGGUUGCGACUUCACACGGGUGAGGUGGUGCGUUGCAUUGCCACCGGUGUGCGCUAUACGGCCGUCGCAACGAGCCGUUACCUUCGUAUUUUCUCACUCUCUGGAUUGCAGCUCGCCGUAAUAAGCCUAUUUCCUCGCAUUGUAGCGAUGGUGGGAACCAACAGCAAAAAAGUGAUGCAGGGCUACGGGGCAGAUUUUGACCCACUUGCUGUGUGUUACCUUGAGGGGGGUGGGGAGUUGCGGCUUCAGGUGCUCGAUGUGGGCUCUAGAAGUGUGGUGGUGCCCGCUACCACUGUUCCAGUCACUACAACACAUCAGCUGCAAUGGAUGGGUUGGUCAGAGGAUGGUCCACUUCACAUUGCCGACACCGCUGGUGUGUUGCAGAUGUUCACACAGAAUUGGGGUGGCAGUUGGGUUCCGGUCUAUGAUCCGCGGUGUAUGAAUGAUCAAACUUACAACCUGUGGAUUUGGGGUGUGUGUGAUGAGUCCAUGCUUGUCUAUCGUUCAUGCAAAGACGAUCCACCCUAUCCAGCUGCCGUUGCAAGUGGGUUACCAACUGAGCGGGUAUCGUUGUUUCUUCCUCUGCUACACUCUGGCACAGAGCGGGAUACGGUCAUGUGGGAUCAUCUUAUACGCCGUGAGGUCCGCACAGAUGAGAUAAAGCGACGUAGCGACUUUUAUACGAGUAAUAUCGCGAAACACGAUAUGUUGCACGACAAGAAGAUUAUGGAGUUCUUUAAUAAGGCACUAGGUGAUCAGCAGACCUCGAGAGCGGUGGAUCUUGCCACAUUUCUUGAACUUCGAGACAAUAUUGAGGUAUGUGCAAAGGAGGCAAACGCAAAGGGACAUGCGCAGCUUGUGCAGAAACUUCUCGCCUUGUUGGAGGUGCGCGUAAAGUCCAGGAAAAAGAGACGCUGCUCGUUACCUUUGGAGGGCUCCGUUGUGAGCGAGCGAGAGCGGGAUAUGCUGUUGAGGAAGAUGCUCAUGAAAGAAAAGUCUGAGAUGAACAAUAACAACGGCAGUGGGGAUUCCACCAAAGUCCACAGCAGCCUCGGUGCCACCAGCAAUGAAUGUGGCCACGACAACACCAAAGGCGAUGGUACCAACAGCAGCAACCCAACUGCUGGAAGUCCGGACCGUUCUCUGAAUCAGGUGGAAGAUAAGCCCGAAACCGCUAACAGUUCUUGUGCAACUGCGAGUUUCCCCACACGGCGGCGUGUCACGUUUGCUGACGCUCCAAGCUCUUCUCCAUCGCCAGGGAGAUCUCUCCGAGCCUCGCCAGGAGGUGCUGGCGCCGUAAGCACCAAAACUCCCGCGGUUCUGGGACCAUCAUCAGCCUCAAAGGCAACGAACCCUUUUAGCAAGCGGCCCACGGGUGGAAAGGCUCCCACAACCGCUUCGACUGCAGCGACGGCAGUGCAGGCACCGCCGCAGCCCAAGAAACCGAUAAACCCCUUCAACAAGUCGGUGAAGGCGGCAACAAGUUCGGUUGAUUUGUCAGCUUUACAGAGUCGCUCGUUAACCCAGUCGCCUGAAAAAGGCGCACCACCCUCCACCACCAUGCUUGUUCUCGGAGAUUCGCAGUCGCAGGAUACCUUUGAGACGGAGGGAAGUGAAGGAAGGACAAAGGACUUAGAAAUGGGGAGGGAUGUUGUGGGAUCACCCCAGCAGCGCUUGUCAUCAAACGCAAGUGCUGUGACUCCACUGUUGUCACCAUCGUUAACAACUUCAGCUGCCGCUUCGGGGACACCGAAAAGAGGCGAUGGUGCUGGCAUGCAGUCACCAGAGGCUGCAGCACACGGCCCCGGGUGUAACAAAGGAAAUGUUAUGCAUCCCCAAAAAGGGAUUAGUACAGAAACCGUACACCCCGCCACGCAGAAGGAUUCUACCAACGGCCUCUACACUGCAGGGGGUUUGGCAACGACAACCACAGUUACCAGAACUCAGAAUAAUAGUGUAACGACGACUCACUUCGUCCCAAAGGUGGAGCCUUUUCUUUCACCACAGAAUGCCGUGUCUUCAUCGCUACCAGUGACUAAUGAGGUUGCUGAUCCGUUCCUCGAUGUGAAUGAUGGUGGUCCCGUUUCGCUUGAUUCACUUUUGCUCGAUGUGGGCCACGAUUCAUCGGCAACCUUCACUCCACGCAGCGCCUCUUUCGGGGCGGCUUUGCUGAAGCGCUACCGCGAAGAGGAAGAGGACAACAGUAAUGGUAGCGUAGGAUUUGUGGUUGAGACCAAGUUGUCUGCGGCUGCGGCUGGUAAUGAUAUCGACGGCAGUGGUAGUGGCGGAAGUCAUGACAACGUUGGCUUGUAG